AUGAAAAUCGAAUCGGUUGUGUCCGAGAUACUGCAAAUCCUUCCUGAUAAAAAUGCUGGAACGCACCGUUUGCUCUUUUGCUCGCUGUACAAAGUUGCCAAAGAUGAGCCGAAAGUUGUAGUGCGCUACAUUCUUGAUGAGCUGGAUAAGUUUUCUGUUGUUCAGCACGAUGUGAUUUUCGACUUAUUCGCGAAGUUGAUCCAGGACGAUGAAAACUGCGUCUCCAAUGGUCAGGCAGAAGAAAUGAUUCCCCUAGCCACUGCGGCUUUGUCCCAAUCUAGGUUGAACUUGAUUGGAUCUCUUUGUGGAAAAUAUGCGUCUGAAAUCGUCGAUCAUCUUUUAUCGCAGAGUUGUGACCAUACAAUGGCUUAUUUAUCCCGUGUCGCUGAAGAGUGUGACCUCGCUGUUGAUUUGAUUUUCCGACUGCUUACUGGUUCGCAAUCUUACAUCGUCAAUUCUGAGGAGAUUCCAGACAGAAUUAAUUGUUGCCGAUUUAUCUCCAAAAUCAUGCAAAACAUGAUGGAAAAGAAAGGCGAAGAAAACCUGAUCGAGCAGGCUGUCUUUGACAAUUUACUCGCUUGUUUGUUACAGUGGCAUGGUCUGAAAAACAACGACUCGUUGUUGCGCGAUAAAUCAUUAGAGGCUGCUACUCUUCUUUGUUUCUCGAUGCCGUGGGGGCGCGCAGACUGUCUUACAACACUGAAAACGUUGUACAGCCCUUAUUUGAAAGACCGCAAGUCUGAGAUCAACAUCAUUUACUCCUACCAUCUUUUACUGUCGUUAUUUAUCAACAAGUCGCCACGACUCAUAUCAGAAAAUAUCGAUCAAACAAUGGCUGAUCUUUUUCGAAUUGUCAACCCAACAGCUCUACAACAAAGCGAUGUUUAUCGAUGCUGGGGAUGUCUGGUCCAAGAGUUCCCCACUCAAAUCCUUCAGUUUCUGCUGAAAAAGCUCGACAGUAUGCCUUCCAUGGCGAUUGUAAAAGUAAAAGCACUCAGAGUGAUUCAGUACUUGAUCAAUUACGAAAAACCGUACAUCCAGAACAAGACGGAAGAAAUCAUCAAAGCGCUUAUUCCAAUCCAGUCGAAUACGAACUCUCAUUGUAGACUUCAUCUUCUUCACGUGACACAGGCUUUAUUGAACAACCAAAUGCUAGAUUCUAAAAACGCGUCCUCUGGUCGACAGCUUGUUGAAUUUAUCGUUCGUAUGGCUGCUUUGAGAAAAAAUCAUCCGGAUCCAGAUUUGAAAAAGCUCCGCAUCGCUGCAGAAAAUAUCUUUCAAUUGUCCUCGUCGUCGUCAAAUGAGACCAGAGCAUUUCUUUGGCCACUACUUCUUACGUUUCUUACAAUGCCUGCUUAUCACGGAGCGGCGAGUAGUAUCGCAAAAGCGCUGGAAAUGAUUGCCAAUCGACAGGUAGCAGAAUCGCUGCCGUUGGAGUUUCCUUCCAAACCAGCUCACGCCGUCUUAUUCGUCCGUUGUUUGUUAUUCCUGUCGAAUCCGAAAGAAACUGAACCCGGAGCGCUGUUGUCCUUUCUUCAAUAUUUAUCCAAAUCAAUUAACGCCGAAGUUGAUGCAAUAUUCCGCGUUGUUCUCCCGCGCCUCGAUGCUUACUUGUCGGCAAAUUUAUACAACUCCAGCUGGAAUGUAGACGAGUGGCAUCAGCUUUUACUGAAGCUUGUUACGAGAUCCCUGUCGAUUCAUGAUUCGGGAUCGUUUCUGUCUGGAGUUAGAAGUGAAAUUUCGAAAACUCUAGUUUGCCCCCAAAGCGUCAGAUCUCGACCGUUUUUGCUCCAAUGUUCUGCUGCCGCGUUGAGCGCCACGCCGAACACGAAGUUUAUCUUGAACGGAAUCGAUGAAUUAAUGAAUAUUUCCAUCCAUCAAAAUCCAUUUGAAAGAGACGCUUGCGCAAAAGCGAUUCGCCUUCUUGCGAAUUCCAAGCAUUUCGACUCUGUUGUGGAUAGAUUUCUAAAGUCGAGUCAGGGAAAAGUGAUGAAGACGGAAACCAAAAUCACGAAAAUCAUCUUCGGAAGCGGCGAUUCUCAGCGAGAACAUGUAAAAUCAACUGUUUUCUCCGCGCUAACCCACAUUUUCAACACUAUGAUUGAAAAGGAAACAUAUUCUGUCUUCAUCCAGUGCACUCAGUUCUUGUUGGAAGCUGGAGAGUGUUCAUCACUAGAAACAUGGCUAGAGUUUUGGCAGGCGGUUUCUGCUUGCUCGAAAGUGUCAGCAGCAUCUGGGAAGACUUUCCUUGGGCGAAAUACUGUCAUCGAUAUUUGUUGCAAGAGAAUAUUGCCGAAGGAAGAGUUUUCCUCAAUCCACCCUGAAGUUAUCUCUUCGCUUUCGAAUUUGAUCCUUUCUCAGCCUGCUGUUCAAGCUGGGGAAGCGAUAGAUCUUCUCAGGUUUUCACUCUCCGUUCCAAAGUCAUCAGAAUUUCCCUCGUGCUAUCUUGAAGCGUUGACUUCUCAUUUUGAUUCGACGCUCAAACUUUCACCCUCCCCGGAUAAUUGCUUCAAUCUACUCAUGCUUGUCAAGUCAUGGCUACUAGAUGAGCGUAUAAAAGCUCGUCAAAGUGCUAUUCAUAUCUGGCUAUCGAUACUCGUCAAAUUUUUGGAUUACGUUAAUGCUCCUGUUGAUGAGCAUUCGUCUUCCGUAAAACCGGGGGACAUGCAUCACUUUCAAUCCCUUCUACCCGUCGCCUGCAUUCGCUGCAUCGACUCAGACCUCGUCACCCGUCGAACCGCACUAGAAGUAGUCAUCAUCCUAAUCGACCUCUACUACGCUCGAUCUAACGACACUAUGCCAACCGAACUACGCGAAAAAAUGACACGAGCAAACCGCAAGAUUUUGACAACAGAAACAGAAAGCAUGUUUGCUGGAGCAAAGGAUCUCGGUCAAAUCUACUGCGAGCUAAUUCGAGGAAAAUCGGAAUCUUUCAUCAGUGGCCUUCUUGAUUCCAUUUCUGACCCAGAUGAGCAAGCUGCUAAUGGAGCUGUUUUAUUCCUGACUCUUCUGGCGGAGGAAUAUCCGAUCCAAGAUGUCAAGCCGCUUAUGAGAACACUCAUCGGAAAGCUCCGGAGCUUACCAAACUCACAUGUCAAGUCCCGCGCCGGUAUUUUGUCUAUUUUCGCUAUUAUUGGCGCUCAAAGCCCUGAUGACGUUGUCGACGAGCUUAUUAGUGGCGACACGACUUUUUGCGAUGUCAACUCCUUGCAUACUCACAUUUGGCGUUAUCUCGCGCCAAAGCCAUUUAUCGGGGAACAGUUUUGGAAAAUACUCCGGGAGAAGCUCUGUUUCGGCGAGAUUUUCAACGAUUCGACGACUCUUUACAAUGGUCGGCGCCCAUCCAAGAUCAAAAUAGUCGAACUUGACUUUCUUGGAGCGCUUUGUGCAUCGCUUGAAGUUAUUCCUAGGCUUUCAGCAGAAAUUAUCAAAGACGAUCUUUCUCAACAUCUAUCUCGUCUUAUUGGCCGUUGGGCGAUGCUCAUAGACGCAAGCUUUCCUCUUACUCAAUUUGGAUCGUCAAAAGCAGCGACGACCACACCGUCAAUAAUAAUGGCCAAUCUUCUCAAAGUCAUCUUCCAGAAGAUUCACUUACUCUCUGCUUCUAAGAAAGCGAGAGAACUUCCAAAUACAAACACUGAGGAUCGAAUCACGACGCAACUCGUCUGCAAAGGUCUCAAGUCUGUUAUCAACGCAAUAGCAGCUGAUGACAUGAAGUUCUUGUGCGAACUAACGCAAGAGCAAAUGAAGUUGCUCGACGAUUCCAGCUCAUGGGAAGCAGAUCUUGCGACGAUAUCGAUAUUGAGUGACACAAUGGUCAUUCUCAGCCAGAGUCUCAAGUCAUCAAAUGAUCAAAAGGAAGCUGACACACUUUUAUCAAUCAUGAAGAAGCUCUCAACAAUCUGUGGAUGCUCAACAACAAUGACGACAGUGCGGUUCAUUGCAAUAAAUGGCCUUGGUAACCUCUUCCUGCCGCCUGAAAUUCGUUGCCUGGUUGAUGUGGAUGACGUUUUCAAAUCUUUACUUGAGCUGUUCUUGUCCAUCCUUCGUGGAAGUCAGGAGGAUAUGAUUUUGUCUGAAGCAUUUCAUGGAAUCACAAAAGUCGUUCGAAACUCUGUCAAGCCGCCCAUGAGUUCUUUUCGGAAGCCAAUCUUUCAAAUGGCUACCACUUUCUUUCAAAAAGCCAAUCCGGCUACAAGAAGAUCAGCUGUAGAAGUCAUCACUGUCCUGAGUGUGAAUUUCCGCGACGAUGAAGACAAGGAAGACUUUGUCGAGGAGCUCCAUCGGAAUUUACUCGAUGUGCUCAUUUGCCUAGCUGACAACGAUAAAGACGUCAAACACGCUGCACAAGAUGUGUUGCUGUCUAUCGCGCCACUGAUGGUCGACGAGUGUGAGCAACUUAUACAGAAACAUGCUAAAAGUGACAAUCUGCACACGGGCGAGUUCACGGCUGAGUUCUGUUGUCGCUACGUGAAAAACUAUUCCGUCGAGCAAAGUAUCGCCAUGAUUUCGACCGCUAAGGAGCGCCUCUCGUCUCCUUGCGGAACCGUGCGCGGACAAGCAACAACUAUCGUCGGUGCUUUGACCAAAGAUUUCCCCGAAAGUCCAAAACUCGCUCCGCUGGCGGCCGAGUUGCUACCCAUCUUUGUGCAGAUGCUGCACGACGAGUGUCCGGACGCACGCGCCAGGGCUGGAGAAGCGCUUUCAUUUAUUUAUCGUUUCUGA